GUCAACAGUCAAAGUGUCAACACUGUCAAUCCUUGUCAGAUAAACUAAAUUUGUUUGUAUUUCUAUAAUAUAAAUCAAUUAGAGUUUCAUCAAGUAAUCGAAAACGAAAAUGGUAUCAACUAAAGUAUCUGAACUAACUGAAGAAGAUAUAGCAAAAUUUGACUGGCUGACGCUCCGAAAAGACAUGGAUAGAGCACUGCCACUAGAGAGUACCUACCAAAAGCUCAUUAGAAAAUUCAAUGAGAAUCCUUUUGUACCCAUUGGAUGUUUAGCCACUGCAGGAGCUUUAGUUUAUGGCAUCUGGUCAUUCCGUACAGGUCAGAGAAAGAUGUCUCAGUACAUGAUGAGGACAAGAGUUGUAGCACAAGGGCUGACUAUACUUGCCAUGAUUGUAGGUGUCAGUAUGGGUGCUCAAAAAAAGCUGAAGUAAUCAAUCCAUGAACUGACUGUAUUGUGAUUUUCCUGAUAUUAGGCAGAAUUUGUAGAGUGACAGAGUGUACAUAGAUUUAAGGAAGUUGUCAUUACAUUUUAUUUUAUUUCGAAAA